GCCAGGCCGGGGUGUGUGUAGAGGAAGAACGUGAGCCCUUGUGACGCGCAGCAGCGACUUAAGACCGGCGAGGAGUCUCGCGUCCUGGAACCUCAUUCAGAUCCACGGCAGGAAAACCGCGGGUGCGCAGUUGCGAAAACUACGCCUGCGCCGCCUCCAGAGCCUGACUACCUUUAGCAAGGGGACAGCGGCUGAGUGGGUGGUGACAAUCGGGAUUCCGGAAGCCCACCUUUCACCCGGAAAUGAUUGUGGAGGAACAUGGCGUUGCUGGUGCGAGUCCUUAGGAACCAGACUAGCAUCUCUCAGUGGGUUCCAGUAUGCAGCCAACUGGUAUCAGUGUCUCCUACCCAAAGACAGUGGAGCAGCACUUCCCAGUGGCUCCAGAAGAAUCAGUCUCGAGUGUGUUUGGGAUCAGAACAGACUGUUGGAGCGGACACAGCGCAGAAUAGGAAAUACCACAACACAAGUAAGCUUCUUACUACCCAAGAUUUCCCACAGCCUGUUGAAGAGAAGGUCGGUCCCUUCACGAAGAUAAUAGAAGCCAUGGGAUUCACUGGACCUUUGAAAUACAGUAAAUGGAAGAUCAAGAUCGCGGCCCUCCGCAUGUACACGAGCUGCGUGGAGAAGACUGACUUCGAGGAGUUCUUUCUGAGGUGUCAGAUGCCCGAUACAUUCAACUCCUGGUUUCUCAUAACCCUGCUUCAUGUCUGGAUGUGUCUAGUCCGAAUGAAGCAGGAAGGCCGGACUGGGAAGUACAUGUGCCGGAUCAUAGUUCAUUUCAUGUGGGAAGAUGUGGAGCAGCGCGGCCGCGUCAUGGGGAGAAUCCGAUACCUCCACAGAAACCAGGCACACACUUGGAGAACAGACGUACAUGCAGGCAAAGCAGUCACACAAUAAGAUAAGAAAGAAAACGGAAAGACUCUUUGGGGAGCCACUCAGAGCUCACAGGACCAGGUGCCAGCUCCAUUUUAAGGACACCCAAAGGUCCUCAGUCACUCUGCAGCCUUCCCGGGAUACUUCUGCGGGACUCUGUAAGCUCUCAUCUGGAUGGCAAGUCUCUCUGAGCCUUAAGAGAACACUGUACCGAAACUGAAGAGGCUGCAGCUGAGCCCACCUGAGCAUCACCUGAGCCCAGGAAGGAAUCCUUGAACAAAACAGUGAGACCUUGUCACUUCUAAACCAGUUGGGCUGUGAUACUUGGACAGGUCACCUUGAGCUGACUGAGCCUUUGUCCCCUCACGUCUGCACUGCGGAGUGGCCUCUUCCUCAGAUUACCACUGGGUUGGUCAUUUGGAAAAAAUUAACUCCAAACAGUAAGCAAAAGGACACAGUGGCGAGAGAGGAACAUCCUGUGGCUGACGGAAAUGUCUGCCCUACUGUUUAGUCUGGGUCCAGGCGGAGUCACCAGUUAAACUCUUCCUUGGGGGCAGCCCCUCUGGUCUACCUGAAGAGGAAGGCAGCACUGCUGGAUGACACAGCUAAACGCGUCUUCGUAUGACAAGGAGCCAGACAGCAGGUUCUAUAAGCAAGUGUGGCCAUGUGGAUGUCACAGAUCUGAUUGAGAACUGUGGUGUGGAACAAGAACUGAUGCCGAUGACCUCAGUGUGGCCUUUAGCCCUCCACAUUUAUGGAGCCUUUACCUUGACUUUCUUAGUUAAGAGUAGCCUGAGUUGUUAUCUGUUUUUCCCUGUUGGGUCCUGUUUGUGUAUUUGAUGUGGCUAAUUGUGAUAGGGAACGCGCAUCUUGUGGUUUUCCGCUGUGCCCUGUCUGCCCAUGUUUAAUAAAAAAAAAAAAAAAUUAAAAACGCUAAGCUUUGCCUAUAGCUUUCUGAACUCAUAAAAGUAGUUAUGAGGCCCAGGGUUCAAUAGGAGCCUGUGAAUGUCUCUAGAAACCUAUGUGUGGCCGCAUCUUCUCAAUGAUCGUCGUCAGAUCUGAUGGCCACAGCCAGGGUAGAGAAGACCAGAUGAAUGGCACCUACGAACCUAUAGUGAACACAUUACCGAAAAGGAAGUCAGGCUCCCAAAGCUGUACCCGUAUGCUGUGCCCCUGCUCCCCUGGAGAUGCCUGCUGGGCUCAAGCUAAAUACACAUCUUGCUCACGUUACAUCUUAUCCUAGUAAGAUUUUCCAUUACCACAGCAUAAAAGACAUUAAGGGCACAGUGAUCGCUAAAACCCUACAAGGCUACAGGUCUACACGCCGCGCGACCAGGGUCAGAAAGUCACUGGUGUGGUUGUUUUGGUUGUUGCCUUUCAUCUUGCUUCUCCGUUGCUUUCCCUCAGUGAGGUCUGGCUAUGGUCUCACCCUGUCCCCUUCAUCGGCUGAUAACGUGAUGCUGUUGGUCCUGCACUAUACCACAUAGCUCCUCCCCCUUUGAGGCAGGAUCUCAGGUAGCCCAGGCUGGCCUUGAAUUCAUUAUGUAGCAGAGGCUAACUCUGAAUUUCAGAUAUUCCUUUCUCUGCCUCCCAAGUGCUCAGAUCACAGGCUUAUGGCACUGCACCCCGCUAGACUUUCCUCCUCAGUUCCUUCUGUUGUCUGUCCUGGUUCAGCUUCUCCUGACUGAGCCUCCUUUUCACUCUCGCCUGGACUGUUACACGGCCUCCUCCGUGGUUUCUGCUUGAAUACACGUGUUCAUGCAUCUUCCUUGUCUUCAGGGCCAUUUAUGGGCAGUAUAGCCUGUUAGCCUCUCUGCUUCUGCCCACUCUGAGGUUUGGUUUACACACACACACACACACACACACACACACACACACACACACACCAUGCAUAAUGGCACACAUGAGAGUCAGUUCUGUCUUUCUACCAUGUGGGUCCUUGGCCUUGGUGGCAAGGGCUUUUAUCCUCUGAGCCAUCUUACCAGCCCCUCACUAUAAACUGUUGUUGUUGUUGUUACAGCUCUGAAAAAUGUGCUGGACAUGGUAGCAUAGGCCUUUAAAACCCCAGCCCUCAAGAGGUAGAGGCAGGAGGGCCACUGAACUUGAGGCUAGCCUGGUCUAUGUUGUGGGCUAUUGUCCUGUGUGAGUGGCUGAUGGUUGUGAGAGUUCUCUUCACUCAGAAACUCUACUCAGGUUUCGGGAGAGAUCUCCUGUUGCUUCUCCAGGAAGUGCGAGUGGGGAAGGAGACUCCCUUGAGACUUUGUUGCAGCAAAGGUGCUGGUUUGAGGGAGGUGUGGGGUCUCAUAGCCUGUGUGAGGGCAGAAGCUGGGUCUCCUCAUCUCCAAUGGAGUUGUGUGUGCAGACCAUGGGGAGAGCUGCAGCUCUCUUCUUGGGCCUGGAGAGCUUUCUUGAAACGUGGAAAGGUUCGUGCACACCACUGCUUCAAGACAUUUAUGGCAAACCGUUGGCUGGUUCAGCCACCUUGGGCCGCCCAGCAUGCUCGUUGCCUCCAAGGGGAGCUCUAGCUACAGGCCACGGGAAGGAAAGACUCCAUGCAACUGUAGGGUCACCGAACUGUAGCAGAGUUUUAUUUUGUGGUUAGAAACAAGAAUUUGACCAUGUGGUGAUGGCGCAUACCUUUAAUCCCAGCAGAGACAGGCAGAUCUCUCUGAAUUCAAGGCCAGUCUAAUCUACAGAGCAAGUUUCUGGCUGUCUUAAAAAAAAAAACAAAAAAACUAGAGAAAGAGAGAAGAAUUUGAUAAGCCAGCUUGGGCUAUGUGCCCAUCUCCGAGGAGAGGUCAGGAUUUUAGGAUCUGUAGUGUUCCAACUUACUUUGGAAGCAAAGUAGACUCUUGACCUAAGGAAAUGCAAAGAAGGAGGAAAGAACACCAUUGUUAGCAUUGGAAGAACUAAGUCUUUUGAGUUCUUGGAGUUUGAUGAGGGAAGCAACCCAGGCAGUCUGUGAGGUAGUAACUUCUGAGUGACUCUGUUGGUCAUAUAUCAGUGAGUGUUCUUGCCAGGUGUCAGCUUUAACCUUUGUAACUGUAUCCGUUCUUCACUGAUGCUUCUCUGCUUUCAUCUAUACAAUUCAUUCUUAAGUAUGGUAAGCUUAUAACAACAGCAACAACAACAAUAAUAAUAACAACUUUAAUAUUAUUUCAUGUAUGUGGGUAUUUUGCCUGCAUGUGUAUGUGCCCGAUGCCUGUGGAGGCCAAAGGGGAGUGUUGUAUCCCCUGAGAUUAGACUUAGACAGUUGUAAAUCCAGUUCAGGUCCUCUAAAAGAGUAGCCAGUGCUCUUAGCCACUGAGCGAUCUCUCAGGCCUCUAUCAAUACAUUUCAAAUCUUUAUAUGAAGUUCUUUUAAAAAAUAUGUCUGACUGUGGCUGUCUUAGCACAUUUCUGGGUUUUGGGAGUAUAUUAGUUACUUUCAUUCUUGCUGUGAUAGCAACUUAGUAAAGAGGGCGGGGAAGGCCUGACAGCCGGAGGGAGCCAAGGACUGACCAGUCUGUGCCCCUGCAGUCAGGAAGAAGAGAGGGGAAUGGCAGUGCUUGGCUUGCGCUGUCCAUUUCAUUCAGUGCUGGACCCCAGCCCAGGGUAACACCCAUGUUCACACCAUAUACACAUGCAUGCACAGAAAGGGUCUUCUCCCCUCAGUUUAACUCACCUAGAAACUCCUAGGUGAUUAUAUGUCCAGGCAAAUGAUAGUGACAAUUGGCCAUCAAAGUAAGGGGUUUUUGGUGUUUUGUUUGUUUGUUUUUGUGGGACUAGAUAUUGAACCCAGGGACCAGUGAGCUACAGCCCCAGCCUGUAUUUUAUUUGGAAACAGUGAAGUUGCUCAGGCUGGCCUUGAACUCAGUCUGUAGCACAAGCAGUCCUUGAAUUUGUGAUCCUCCUGCCUCAGCUUCCUGCAUCAUAUGGAUUACAAGCCCGCACCUCUAGCCUUCUCCCAUUUCCAGCUUCCUAUUUUAUAGUUGGAGAUUUGCUCUAGACUCUGCUCUCUGCUUAGCCAAACCUUUCUUCUGUCCUUACUUGUUUAUGUUGGCAAAUGACUACUCUGCCUUGACCUUGUCAAAUCUUAUCUUGUAGUUGUAACAGUUUUUCUGCUGACUGUUAGUUGUUGAAAUUUUACCCCUAUUCCAAAGUACAAGAGUGAACAACUUUUGUGUAUAUCUGUGUCAUUUUUCAUGUGUCAGUGGGGUGGUUCAGCUGCCUGCGCCACUACUGGACAAGUUCUAACCAUAAGACCUAAAGAAGACCAACACGUGAACACAGUAUCCCACCAAAUGUAAUACAUUUUUCUUCCCAUCACAGUCACCAUCAAUACAGAUUUUAUGGGUUGUUUUUGUUUGUUUGUUUGUUUGUUUUUUGUUUCUCGAGACAGGGUUUCUCUGUGUAGCCCUGGCUGUCCUGGAACUCACUCUGUAGACCAGGCUGGCCUCGAACUCAGAAAUUCACCUGCCUCUGCCUCCCAAGUGCUGGGAUUAAAGGCGUGCGCCACCACGCCCGGCUUCAAUACAGAUUUUAAAUGGAGGCUUCACCAUCACUUCCUUUUGAACUCUGCACUACAGGGCUACCGCUAAAACAGUGACUUUCCCAAGUCAAGUGUUAAUACCCCUGUUCAGGUGAUGUAUGAAACUUGUCAAACAAGAUACAAUCCAAAGCUUCCAAGGUGUGUGUGUGUGUGUGUGUGUGUGUGUGUGUGUGUGUGUUUGUCCUGACCUUAAGAAUAUUAAGCUGACGUUCAGUUGUCUCAAGAUCUUAAUGUAUCGUAUCAGCUGCUUUUCAGUGUUAUAUUCGUAUGCCUGUUAACUGGAUUAGUGAUGGCGAUUUCCAAGGACAGCCAUCUGUUUAGAUUUGAUAGUUUGAUUUCAAGCUGUAGCCCAGGCUGGCCUCAAACUCCUUUUGUAGACUAAAGCUGACCUUGAACUUCUGAUAUGUCUGCCUCCCAAGUGCUGGGACUGCAAGACAUGUGCCACCAUACCUGGCACAUGCUUUUCUUGCUUGAUUUGCUUGGUAACAAACCUAAGGAAAAGCCCUGCGUACACCACGUGACCAUUCAGAAACGAGGCUGCUGGUUCUGCAGUUCUUACCGCCAACCAUGUCCCUUGCUCUUCCGCACAUCAUCAGCCUAGUUAGAGUUUAGAUAGAGAUCUCAACCAGCAAAACUGGAAUUUCAAAGAAUGGAGAUAAGAUAAUACCCUCUCAGAGACCCUCAGAAAGGAUCAGUUGAGCUGAUAUGUGCUAUUGGCAUGCUUAGCACUUGGUGGUAGCUACUUGUGUGACCGGUUCCUGGCGUCACAUUGUUUUGGGCACCUGUAGACUAGAGAGAAAGUAUUUUGGAGAUCUUUCUAGAUCUUUGAAGAUGAGCAGGAACUAGCAUCCCUUCCAUCAGUAAAGACAAGAAGGACUCCUGUUAGUGUGGCUAAGAACAGGGGAGCAUGCUGCAAAAAAAAAAAAAAAAAAAUGGCAGAGUUGACUCUGACCAAGGCCUAAAUGAACAUGGGGGUCACAAGGGAAUGGGGUCAAAAAAAUGACCUAACAAAACCGAGAAGGCCGUGAAGGCCGUGAAGGCCAGAGCUCAUAGAGGCUACAGCUCAGUCUCCUUCAGGCUACACCAUGGACUCAUCCUCUGCUAAGCAGUCUAUAAACGUCCUUAAGGGCUGCAACAGUGAGAGGGGACAGACCAGUGAUUGGCCUCAGAUGAACUGGCAUCUCUUUAAAGCCCGUGUCCCUCCUUAAGAAUACUUCCAUUAAUUAAAUGUGUGCCUUGCAAGAUCCCCUCUGGUUGUGCUCCCUGUCGGCUGUCUCAUUCAUUAAUCUGCUGAUUAGUAACCCUGAACACGUGUGCCCCCUGUUUUUUGCAUUCCCCUUUUAAUAUACUGUGCCAUUCCCCCGGGACAUAAACUCCAGGACCCGUCCCUGGCCCGCUCGUGUUUGUUUUCUUUGCCCCUUGUGCCUGCCUCUGCUAUAACAUUUGUAGUAUGUGUUAAGUAAUCCUUAAGGUAACAUUUUUAUUAUGUCAUAAAAAGUGCAUGGCAAAUAUAUUAUAACUCAUGGACUUUGUUUAAAAAUGAACGGAUAAUUUAUUGAGUGUGUUACAUGAGCCUCGCUCCCUCCCCCACCUCAGCAGAGAGCGGCUGCUCAUUUAGCCUCGCCUCCUAUUGAGCGCUCCCACCCUGUGACAUGCUGAGAAAGCAGGGCCACGGUUGGCUAGAAGUGACAUCAUAGUUUAUGUACUCAAUAAAAAUUUAAUUAAGUCAUUACA